UGCCUCCCUUUGGUGGAAACCCAGGCUUUAUCAAGAGCUGGAGGGACCAACCGCCAGCUCUCUCUGGGGACAAGCAGCCAUGGGACUGAGGUGCGGGAUAAGGACCACCAAGUGCCAGCUGCUGGUGACCAGCCUCUGUGUCAUGGUUCAUCACACUAGAGUUGGAACUGUUUUUUAACUGUCCCGCUGUUGGUGCCUCCGUCCCAGCUUUGCCACCAGUCAUGCUGCUAGGAGCCCUGCCCUAGAGCCAGGUGCCAUCAGAAAUGUUCCCUUUCCAUCACCUGGACUUGCUCUGGGCAACACGGAGGGUAACGUGCUGGUCGUCACCCCAUCCCUUAGGCAUACCAGGGCUCUCAGGGAUGGUUCAGAAACACAGAUGGCCUAGCAGCAUGCUGCAGAGACAGAAACCAGCACGGGUCACUUAAAGUAAUAUAAGACUCAGCUCUUUGCACUCUACAACAGGAAAUAUAGCCAAUAGCAGGCAAUGGGACUAGAAUUCCAAAGAGCAAAGCAGAGAACAUCAUCCCUGCCCGAAACCACUACUGAAGCCGGCAGCCCUCGUAACUGCACGUGCAUACUCCGCAGAGCGGGGUGGGACUGGACGGGUGUGCUGCAAGAGCAUUGAUCCUCUGGGUUUUCUUCACAUGGUGGGAUUUUCAUCCACGGACACUGGCCACGAGACUGCGGGCUGUGCGGUGUCACAGCACUCAUGCAAGAGAGAAAAAGAGCUUUACUGCUGGGGUUGUCCAUUGCCACGCUGAGCACAGUCACCCACUACGGGCUCCAUUUCACCCUCAUCAGCAACAUCUCCCUGGAGAGCAACUCCUACAGGGUCAUCCACCACGCAGCUUUCUACUUUGGGAUCUGCCUCAGCAUGACCCUGAUCCUCGCAGCCCUGCUGAGCUCUGCCGCCACGGUGCGGGAAUCGCAGUGCCUCACCGCCAUGGGAUUUUUCUGUUUUGCUCUGGCUUUCUGCGGAUUGAUCCCAGCUGCCUGCUGGAGAUACAUGCACAGCACAGAGGUGGAAGACAGCAUGAUGGAUGUGUACGAUCUUGUGUACGAGGAGGUGAGGAGGAACACCUCCAGCUUCAGGAGGCACGAGCUGACUGCCAUCCACGAAGCAUUCCUGUGCUGUGGGAAGCACUCUCCGUUUGGGGACACGACCAAUGUUGAGCACGAGACGUGCCCACCCGGCCAGGAGAGUGAUGCGGAACAGGACUGCCUGCGAGAGAUCCACGACUUCCUGAAGAAGCACAUGGACUUCGUCUCCACGCUCCUGGGUGUCACCAUCGGCUUCAUGGUUUACGGGAUGAUCCUGACUUCGUUCCUCUGGUUCUCCAUCCACUUCAGCAGCAACCUGGACCGGAAAGGCAGAUACGUCCUGCGAGAAAGGUAGAAACCCGCCAGCUGGGCAUCCUUACCAGGUAGAGCCAGCUCUUGGCGCUGGAAGAUGUCUGAAGUCCCCCACAAAAUCCCCCAGGAAGGCGUUGCGUGGGGGCAGGUGGUGGGACACGUGUCACACGCUUCCCCUUCCUGCACUAUGAGAUUUCGUGCAUUUCCGAGCUGGUCGGAGCAGACGAUGCUCUGCGGAGGAGCAGUCCCACACCUUCACCAAAACCAGACAAGGGCCGAGACAUGCACCUGGGCUCGGAGAUGCAGAUCGCCUUGCCGGGGGACGUACGGGCUGUAGCUCCACAAGCAGGACACAAACAGUCCCUUAGGACAAAAACGGAGAGAAAAGCCCAGCAAAAACUACAGCAUUAAACCAAACUUCUAUUGCGCUGUCACCUGAGCUGUUCCCUGUGACCCCCAGAGACGCAACGUUUCUAGGAAGAUGGCUUUGGAUCAUAGCCCAGGACCGUUCUUGUGCAAUUGGCAAAUACAUGGAUGCGAAGCGUGUCAUUGCUGAUAGGAAAUGUGCUCUCCUAGCCUGGACACUCGUAAUGAGUGACUUUGGGCACAUUUCUGAUCAUGCUCGAGUAUGUAGGCAUCCAAUGACCGUUCACUGUUUUUUCUCUGUUUUCAAAAACUGCCAGAGCAUUUGGUAGAGAUUGGGGAAAAAAAACCCAGAAAGCAGUGUGUGAGCUUUGAAACAAAUGACCAGCAUAAGGACAUAUCUCGCUGUUAUUCCUCCCUGCUAAUGCAAUACACCAUUAUUUUUUAAUUCUUAGGAUUUAGUCAACCUCCUAGAGCUUGAUGCCACACAGAUUUCACAGGGGCUUGUUCAACUUCCAGCCUUAGUUCUGUGUUUAUCUAGCUUCGCUAACCCACCGCGCUGCUGUGCAAUACAAAAGGACUUUGAUAUUACACAUACACGCAGGACUGAAGUUUGAAUCUAUAGGAGAAUAGCACUGAUUUCCAGCCAGGUCAAACAAUACAAUGUCCAGCUCCACGUCUCUUUACAUCACCUUAUCAAUAAUAAACAGAAAUUUUAAAAGCCUCAAUCAACUGAAGAACUCGGCUCUCAGUCUAGCUCAAACGACGGCUCCCUGCCGUGCUUUGCCCUCAUUGCAAGGAGGCAGAGCCGCUUCUGAGCUGAAACCCAUCAUUGCAACAGAUUUAGCACCUGCUGGAAAACCUGCUGUAAACUAUAAGGCUAUGUGAAAUGCCUGUUGAACCAACAACAGCUUUCAGCCCUCUCCUUCGUUGUGGCUUUUAGCCAUGAAAAACAGUAAGUAGCAAUUGUUCAUUGAGGUAAAUGUGGAAAGCCCCGUGCUGAUGUUCGGGACAGGUCCUGGCCCUCAGGCAGGGGCUGCCACACGUACAAGAACAGCAGUACAGCCUACAGCACCUGGUUGGCAUUUCAACAUGGCUGCAAAUAUCUUGCAUUGGAAAGAACUGUGUUGGGGGAUGGGGAAAGGGCUAUUGCUCCUCAUCCCGCUCCCUUGGAACCAGCGGAGCUUCACCAUUGACUUCACUGGAAGCAGGAUCAAGUUCAAAUUGCUCCAGAGUAUUACUCAAGCUCCCUCCGGGCAGUCACCAACACGCCUCGGUCUAGCAGUGAUUUAGUGGCGAUACACACUUGCCAAUAUACCCACUUCCUAGCAGUGGGGAAAGAUUCACUUAUAUGUAUGUAUGUACUGUGAAGUGUAUUGCUCUCUGGAGAGAGACAAUCUCCCUUGUAAGCUCCAGCUGCCAUUGUCCAGGCCACUGCUAUUGUUAUUCCUCAGGCCAGCUGGCAGCUCAUGUGACUCAUGGUUUCUUCAAUAAAGAUGAAUUUCUUGCAAAA